AUGGUUACUGGUUCAGGUUCUCUAAGGACAAGAGAACGACAGAAUCUGAAAGCUGCAGCACUUCAGAUUUUACCACCAGAGCCAAAGACCAGAGAAGAUUUCCUGAAAUAUUUCUGUCAACUGAUUCUGGAUCCCAACACAGCACAUCGUUGCCUCAUUCUGUCUGAGAAGAACAGAGUGGUGACAAACAGUGGGAGAGUCCAGCCAUACUCUGAUCAUCCAGAGAGAUUUGAAGUCUUGUAUCAGGUGUUGUGUAAGGAGAGUGUGUGUGGACGCUGUUACUGGGAGGUUGAGUGGAGCAGUGGGGGAUGGGUGUACAUAUCAGUCUCAUAUAAAGAUAUCAGCAGGAAAGGACGGGGUAUUGAGUGUGUGUUUGGACACAACAGUCAGUCCUGGAGUCUGCGGUGUUCUUCUACUCUCUCUUUCUGGCACAACAACAUUGAGACUGAGAUCUCAGACCCACCGUCCUCCAGAAUAGGAGUGUAUGUGGAUCACGGUGCAGGAACUCUGUCCUUCUACAGAGUCUCUGACACAAUGACCCUCCUACACACAGUCCACAGCACAUUCACUCAGCCCCUCUAUGCUGGGUUUGGGGUCUUUGGAGGGAUUGUGUGA